UUACGUGGCUUUUUCGUCUUGGGAAAUUUUAAAGAUUCUUUACUGCCCUUCAAGUAUUAAUUGCAAUAACUUUAGCGCGUUUAUUUGCCUUAAUUGACCCAGUGAAGCAGAAUUUUCUCUCCUCUUAGUUUUACGAGGUAUCUUUGAGUUAUGCGUACACAAUAGCCAAACUUGUAGAAAGAAAAAAUAAUACAUGGCGGCUGUGUUACAGCACUGGCAAACUCACACAAACGACUAUCAGUGCGCGUGGUUUAAAGGCUGUAUAUUCCAGCAGAUAUGGCGGGAAAGAUGCCAUAGCCUUGCUUUAGGGAUAGGAAAAAGGACGUCAUAUCGCUGUCAGCAUAUCACUUACCUAACAAGAAUGCUUCUGGACUGUUUACUGAGCCAUAGAUUUGAUGAAGCCCUGGAGUGUCUGGUUGGACUAUGUGGAGUUUGUAGAAGAAUACCUGAGCUGUUUUGGCGAACAGGCUCAGAAGUACUGAAAAACUGCCCAGGGAGCUACAUGCAUAUGAUUCAAUUAUUGAAAAAUAUGUUUGUAAUUUGUGUGCCCUUCAAAACUGAACUUCUGCUGGAUUUUACCAUGUACUUGGUGAAACACAACAAUGAUAUCACAGAGGCACAGGAACUUUUAACAUCAAAACUUUCUCAAAAGCCAUUUGUGUCCAGCCCUAUUCUUCAAGCUUAUGCGGGACUCUUUGCAUAUCUUGAAUGGAAGAAAUGCAAACACCAGUUUGACAAAAGGUAUUUAGAAGCUGAUGAUGAUAGUGAUCUGGACUUUACAGGAGGUGAGAGGACUGAUGGAGAUCUGAAACGUCAAAUGGAUUUUCAUGGAAAGAAAGCUCUGGUUUUUUUCGUUAACUUAGUAGAACAUUGUGGUGUGUGGGACAUCUUUAUUACAAGACAAGUAGAGAUGUUACAAUAUUAUAACAUGACUGAGGAGGCGAAAAGGAUCCUAGUGAGAUAUAAAGAGAAAAAUCCUGAAAACCUUAAUUCACAUCGGUACUUAUAUUAUUUUCUCAAGAGUGAAUGUGCCAGUAAGGAAGAGUUGUGUUCAGUUCUUGAAGAUUUGCUGAAUGUAGAUCCAACAAGUGAACUGAGUGAGGAAUAUGUCAAGCUUGCUGAACACAAAAAAGAUCAGUUAAAGGGAAUCAUUGAUAUUUUGGGAGCGCUUUUCGUCAAGCUCGACCAUGCAGCAUGUCGAUAUUGUGUGACAACCUGGAAGGAACUUGCUGCUGUUCUUACUCAGUUCUGUGCAGCUCAUGACACAAGGGAAUUAAAGAUAUUUUGGGAUGAGCGAGUUGAUUGGUGGCCACAGUUUCACUUCCGUCUCAGUCUCGUUCCCAACAAGGACCAUGUGUCAAAACUGGAAUGGCAACUGACUCGACAUAAGGCAGAGGCUGCUAAGUGGCUCCUUGGACAAGGAAACCCUUUCACCCAAGCUGUAAGAAAUCAAGAACCACAGUACAGUGAAAUAGAGUCGUCUUUAUCUCUCAGUGGCACAGGAUCAUCAAGGAUUACAAAAACAGUUAAUGGCGAGGGGUGUUCGCCCCGGAAAAGGAAACGUAAUGACGAUUCUUCCUAUAAAUACAAAAGAAGAAUCCUUUGUGGAUGACUAAAGAGUCAGCUUUUUUAUUGUAUGAUAUUUUCAUUAUUUUAUUUUAAUGGCGAAGAGUAAUCAAUUAAAACGAUUUGUAAUGGGUAAAUAAACAGGCUACCCGUACUUGAAAAA